AUGGCCGACUACGAAAACAAUGAGGAGGAGGAGGAGGAGACCUUCGGCACGGAGGUCCAGGAGCGCGCCAUGUUCCUCCUGGACCUGACGACCGCGGACCUCCUCGAGCAGACCGGCGCCGCGACGUUCGAGACGCGGCUCGAGGCGGCGAUGAAGAUCGUGCUGGCCUUCAUCAAGGGCCGCCUCGUCGGCGGCGGCAAGGACGUCGUCGGCGUCGCGUUCUGCGGCGACGGCUCCGGGUCCACGGACGGCUGCUGCGCGCUCGCGCUGGGCGCGCCGACCGCGUCGGGCGCGCGGCCGCUGCAGGACGCGAUCGCCGCGGGCGUCUUCGCCGACGCGGGCAAGGUCAAGGCCUGGCUCGCCGCCGCCGACGCCCACGCCGUGAAGAGCGAGGAGGGGUCGCUGCGCAACGGCUUCCACGCGUGCCAGCGCGCGUUCGACGGCCACGGCGCGCGCGACGCGAGCUCGUCGAUAAUCUACGUCUUCUCGGCGGCGGCCGAGCCCUACGCGUCGCCCGCGGAGCGCGACGUCUGCCUGACCUUCGCCCAGGACGCCGCGGACGUCGCGCUCGAGGUCCACGUCGCGCACUUUGGGCUCGACGACGAGCUCGACGCGUUCUGGGGGCCGCUCCUCAAGGCGAACGCGCCGCCGGACAGGCGCGGCGCGCCCGCGGACUGGCUCCGCAACGCCUACCCCGCCGCGGGCGCCGAGUCCGUCGAGUCGCGCGCGCAGACGCGCACGUCCGCGACGCGGGGGCGCCUCGCGGAGAAGCUCGCCCUCGCGCUGCCCGGCGGCGACGGCGCCGCGGCGAUCCGCGUCGCGCGGCGCACGCUCGCGCGCGCGCCCGGCGCGCUCGCCCAGAAGAAGGUCGACGCGAACACGGGCGAGCUCGUCACGACGACGUCGCAGGAUUUCGACGCGACGACGGCGUCGAUCCUCGACGCGUCCGCGAUCCGGACCUACGUGCCCCUGGGCCCGCUCGCGGACGCGGCCGAGGCGGACGUCAAGCGCGCGAACCGGUGCUACGUGGACCGCGCGCAGCUCAAGGAGUGCGACGACGCGUCCGACGUCCUCGGCUUCGGCGACGGCGAGGUCGCGCUCCUCGGCUUCGCCGCGCGCGGCGACGUCUUCCCGGGCGGCGCGGAGCUCGUCAAGACGACGCACGCGUCGCUGUUGGCGCCCGACGACGACCUCGGGCCGGGGUCGUCGCAGGUCCUGUCCGCGUUGAUCGAGGCCAUGCGCGAGGAGCGCGUGGUCGGCCUCGCGCGCUACGUGAAGCGCAAGCACGCGGCGUGCCCGCGCCUGGUCGUCCUGGCGCCGGACGACCGGGGCCUCCUCUUCCACGAGCUGCCCUUCGGCGACGAGCGCCGCGACACCCGCGGCGCGCCGGCCUCGCUGAAGCGGCCCCGCGAAGACGAGGGCGACGACGCGGCGGAGACGGCGGCGGCGCUGGACGCGGCGCUCGGCGCGCUCGUCGCCGCGCUGAGCGGCCGCGCGCGCGACGGCGGCCCCGCGGACCCGGCGCGCGUCUUCAACCCCGCGCGGAGGAACCACUUCGCGUUCCUCGAGUCCGUGGCCUUUGGGCUCGACAGCGAGGGGCCGGACUCCGUCGUCCAGCGCGCGUGGCGCGACGGCGACGCGCAGCGGCCGGCGAGCGACGACGCGCUCGACGGGCGCGUCGCGGCCGUCGAGGCCGCGCUCCCCGCGGGCGGCGUCGCGGCGCGCGCGGCGAAGAAGCCCAAGCCGGCGGCGGCGGCCCGCGUGCCCAAGGAGCUCCUCGUCGACCCGCUGGACCGCGACGCGCUCAAGGCCAACUUCACGGCGCCGGCGCUCAAGGCGACGGCGGAGGACCUCGGGCUGGCCAAGUCGGGCACGAAGGACGCGAUCAUCAACCGCAUCGCGCAGUUCCUCGCCGACGGGGGGCAGGUGCCGCCCUAG